AUGGAAAUGGCACCGCUGCCCCCACGGACACGGGACCCCAGGCAGGUCCUGCCCGCACCCCCCCCUCCAUCCCCCCAGCCUGUGGUGGAGGACGACUUCCAGUUCAUCCUCUGCGAGGGCUGCCGGCAGGAAUCGCCCAACCUCAAGCUCCUCACCUGCCUGCACACCUUGUGUCUUGAUUGUCUGAGUGAGAACAAACCUGUAGGGCAGUGUCCUGUGUGCCGGAUGGCCAUCCCACAGGCUAGCGGCAUCCCCAACACCGACAACCUGCUCUUCACCAACCUCCAAGCCAAGCUGCACAUCUAUAAAAAAAUCAGCAAGGGCAGGGGGCUGAGCUGCAGCCGGUGUCAGCGGGAAGCGGCAGCGGUGUGGUGCUCCGAAUGCGAGGACUUCCUUUGUACCAAGUGCUUUGAGGACCACCAGUGGUUCUUCAAGAAGAGAAGCCACGAGGCCAGGAGGGUGGAGGAUCUUCGCACUGAGUCAGCGCAUCGCUUCUUGGAAGACACCAGAAGAUCCUGCAACCUCUUCUGCUCCAGUCCUGGUCACGCCGACCAGGGUCACAUCUCCAG